UAUUUUUAAUUUUGAAUACUUAUUAAAAAAAUAUAUAUAGUGUUUUCACUCAAUAUUAAGUGUUUAAUACUAAUACAUUUACAUUUGAUAAUGGAUUCCUAUUUAAAAAGAAAACCUAAGAAAAAUGAAGACAAUUUAUCUCCUAAAAAAUCCAAAAAAGAAGUAUGUCCUCAUGGAGUUAGAUGUUAUAGAAGAAAUCCACAUCAUUUUAAGGAAUAUGAUCAUCCUCAUUUUGAUUUAUUAAUUGGAAAAGGUGAUUCAGUUAAUAUUCCUGAUCACUUUCCACAAAGCAAAGAUGUUUAUAUUGAUCAAUUAAAAAUUUUAAACUCUCUCACUCAUAAUACACAGUCAGAAAAGCAAGGAAUACAACCAUCAAGUUCUGGUACGGUUCUUUCAAAUGAUUCACAGUUACAGUCUAGUAGCUCAAAUGUGGUAGACAGAGUUAGAUUAUCAUCAAAAAAUAAGACAACAACAUUUAUAAUGGAAAACAAAAAAAAUGUUUCAAAACCUGAUGACUCUAAAACAAUGGCUCAGAAAAUCAAAGAAAAUGAGCCUUAUUGCUUAUUUUUUUCUAAAAUACCUGAUGAACCUUUGACUUGUAAUCAACAGAAUAGUAUAACAUUUAAAGAUUUGUUAUGUCCCAGCUUAGGAGAGCUGAAGUGUUCCCUUCAAAUUAAUUUUAUGAUUGAUAUUGCUUGGCUUAUUGAACAAUAUAUAGCACAGGGUGUAGGUAAGAAACCAUUAACUAUCAUUUAUGGUGAUGAUUGGCCUGAUAUGGAAAAAUAUAUUCAAAUGAUGUUGCCCAAUGUGACCUCACAUUUUAUGAAAAUGAAAGAUCCCUUUGGCAUUCAUCAUUCAAAGAUAGGUAUUUAUGUCUACACAGAUCAUUCUGUUAGGGUUGUGGUAUCAACAGCAAAUUUGUACUUUGAGGAUUGGAAUCAUUAUAAUCAAGGUCUAUGGGUAAGUCCUAAAUGCCCAGUUUUGCCAGAUAGUUGCAAAGAGACAGAUGGUGUUGGAGUAACAGCUUUUAAAACUAAUUUUCUUUUAUACCUGAAAAGUUACAAUUUGCCAAUAUUAAAAGACUGGAUUGAAUAUGUAAAACGAGCCGAUUUCAGUGCAGUUAGGACUAUGUUUGUGUAUUCAGCUCCUGGCAAGUCUUACAUGGCAAACACCUCAAGUCAUCUCCAACGGGUUGGGGAUUUACUUUCACGCCAUGUAACUUUACCUGUCAAGACUACCCCUGAAAGUGAAGGUCCCCUUUCUUGGGGAAUAAUAGCUCAGGCAUCUAGUAUUGGGUCUUUAGGUAAAACACCCGGCGAAUGGCUCAGAAAGUUCUUUUUGGGAAGUCUUUCAAGCCAUAAACAAAACAGUUUUACUGAAAAUUCGAAUGCCACAUUAAACGUUAUUUACCCAACUGUAGAAAACGUUUUAAAAAGUUUUUAUGGCCCUUCAGGGGGUGGUUGCUUGCCAUAUUCGAAAAAUACGAAUGAAAAGCAAAAGUGGUUGCAAGAUUAUUUACAUCAAUGGAAAGCUGAUGAGACCCAUCGAUCACGUAUUAUGCCACAUAUAAAGACUUACUGCAGAGUCUCGCCUUGUUUAUCAAAGUUGGCAUGGUUUCUGUUAACCAGUGCUAAUUUAUCCAAGUCGGCUUGGGGAGGAAAUAUCCAGAGGGAUAAAUCAGUUUAUGUCAGAUCAUACGAAGCAGGUGUUUUAUUUUUACCGAAAUUUUUUGAUGAAGAGUUUUUUAAUAUAAAAGAAAACAGUGAUAAUUCAAAUUUGUUCCCGAUUAUGUACGAUUUGCCACUUGUUCCGUAUCAAUCCAGCGAUUAUCCAUGGUGUAAUUAGAAUAUACAUUAUGUUAUUAUUAAACUUGUUUUGUAAAAAUUUUUGAGAAAUAAAUUACUUUUUUAAA